GGGCAUGGAAUUCAGCGUUUUCAUCUAAACUCAUCGCGCAGGAUAUAUCAGUCCAGUGUAUUAUUCCUAAUGGCACCCGACGAUCCGUACGUUUUUCCAUUUAAUUCACGGUUUCAGAAUGGUCAAGUUGUUCUCACUUACCUGGUUUUUAAGCACGAAGAAGACUUUCCGACCUUCUUCAAUAAGACCGAUCUAUUCAGUCUGCGGAGCGGUCGUUCUUUGUGUAACAUCAUAUCUGAACUACAAAAGGCUGAACAAAUCUACGCAAAUUUUCAAAGCGUAAAUGAAAAUUACUUCUUGGAGCCUCUAAAAAAAGUAUUCUCCGUCCUACGCAUGAUAUCCCCCUUAUUUGACGCACGGGAGAAUGCUAUCAAAGACAUUGAAAAGCAUAAGAAAAAGUGCUCAAAGAUGGAGGGCGCCGAACGCACUGGUGAAAAUUUGGCUAAAUUGGCCAAGUAUCGUAGCCAGAUGGAUGCGUCAAUAGCCCGUCUGGAAUCGAUCACUUCUUUGUUGGAGAAGGACUUGUGCGAGUUGACUCUUCGCACCGAGCUGUUCUUCGGGCGCGUAAUAAAGGCUCAUUUGAAUUGGAAAUAUCAAGUGUGUUUGGCCUCGUCUCAAGUGAAUGCGUACCUGGCUGAUGAGUUAUGUGGGAUGAGCCAAUCCGGAAGUCUUUCUACACUCGAAGCUGAGAUAACAAAUCAGCUGGCAGAGGUGCGAAAACUACCCCUUACUCGUCCUCUAGGAUCUACGUCAACCGGAGUGUGAAUUAUUUACCGCAGUUCCUCAGUCCCUUAUUUCUGAUGCUACUUUUUCACUUAUUUUUCUAAUCAAUUGUUACCUUGAGUAUGUUUGAACCAUGCACCUCUUCCUACGUCGUUCUAGAUUUUACACUUAUCAUGAAAUAAAAUUGUUGUUUACCGUUAUAACUGAAAACAGUGACGUAGCAGAACAAACCGAAUGAUCUCGCUUUCCGUUCGUCACAGUGGCUAUCUUCCUUUUGUUUGUUCUUUUUAUCACCUCAGUCCAAGAUCAUCUGGUGAUGGUUCCCAAAUAACUUUAGUACCGUGCUGUUUUAAUGGCGGAGUGUAUAGUGUAUUCAAAUCUGGAUCCUUCCAAACAUCGGAUCUGCAGGAGACUUACCCGUACCCUCAGUGAGUGUGGAACGGUGGCAAAUCAGAACCGACCCGGCUUUGUUUGUAGGGUCCAUGCCCCCUGUUUCAACGGUCCUCACUUCACUGUCUGAACUGUCCGCUCUGCUAUGCCGUUUGACGCGGGACAAUAACGCUCCGAUUCUAUAUGCUGAAUUCCGUUGUUAUUGACGAACCAGUUGAAACUGACGCUAACGAAAGGGAGCCAUUAUGGGUGUAUAGAGUCUACGAAUGUGGCGAAUGGUGAAUGCAUGUCAACAAUAGUGGUUUCUGGACGUUGCUUACAUAACAGGAUACACUUCAACUCACUUGGAUUGUUCAUCGAUGAGUAAAAGCAACACGGUUCAUUUGAUCAGGCCGAACCAGCCCGCGUGAAUCCGUUGCCACCGAUGUACUGGACUCGAAGGUUUACUGACAUGCUGAGGCUGAUGUUGUAUUCUUGAUGCUUCUUCACCGCAGUUGGGCUAAACCAACUUCCACUUAAACUUGGUCUUUUUAAGCUGGGUAAAUUUCAUUCCACUUUAUUUGGUUUGUUCUGCCUACCUGAAUAAUGUUCUAUUAACUGGCCA